CAAAAAAUUCACAAGCUUUCGAAGAUUUUCUUUUGUUUGUGCUGUGUGCGCAUUUUCUCUCUCAAUUUAUCGGCGAAGAAGAAUAAAUUUUCGAAGAGGGGCUAAAUCUCUCUAAGGGAGGGCGCUGUUGAGCGCGCGCGAGAUCCAGGUUUUGAAUUGGAUUUCAAUUGUGAAGGAUUGUAAUUUCACAUUGUGUUGGAGCUUUGUUUGCUUGGAUUUGAUCUAGGGUUUGUUUUUUUCGGCUCGAAGGAGCUUUAGUUUGUUUACUACUGACUAUUUACAAUUUUUUUGUUCUUUUGAAUCGUAUUCAAGAUUCUUGCUCUGAUUGUACGUUUUUGGGCAAUUAGAGGAAAAAAUCGGGAUAGUUUUCUUUGGGUUUUUGAGCUUGGAUUAGGGUUAGGGUUUGGGAGGCUUUAUAGAAGCACGGCAUUCACAUUUACAUUAUAUUGAAGAAGACUAAUAAGUAUGAUGAGACUAUUUUAAAUUUUGGCGUAAAUGAUAAAUUCCCCAAUGGUAUUGCAAGAAAUAUGGUAAUCUAUUAAAUAAGUCCUAUAUCGAAAUCGAGCUGAACUUAGCACUGAAAAUUCGCUUUUUAAAAGUGAAAUUGAGGAGGCAAAUUAAGUGUUGAAGUUGACAUGUGCAGUGAUUGGGGGUUAAAGUUAUGGCACCCACUCUUCCUAUAGAGUUUAUUGGACAGAAGCAAUCAAAGAAUUGUUGGAUUGCUCCCCAACCGAUGGGGAAAUCACGGAAGUACUCUAAAGGGAUUUCUUCUGGUUUUGUUCCGGAUUAUCGACAUGCUGUCGAGACAGUUGGUGAGUCGGAGGGUUUUGGUAGUUCUGGACGAGUUGAUACUGAGAUGACGGCAUCAGAGGAUUCUUACGCUCCCAAGAGAAAAUGUAUGAGUUCCAAUUUUGAUGGUCAUGAUAGUUUUAGUGUGCCUAUGCAAGUCCUGUCACUGUCAAAGAUGUCAAGGUCAGAGAGGAAGAAUUUAGAAUGGAGGUUGAAAAAUGAACUAGAGCAGGUCAGGAUUCUUCAGAGAAAAGUGGUUUCUUUUGGAUCAAAUGCUGUUGUACUAUCGCCUUCUAGUGAUAUUCGUAGUUGUAGUGACGGCCUAAAAAGGCCUCCUCUGGAGGGCUUACAUAGGUCAUUUGAAGUAUCACAUCCGCAAAGCAAGAAACGGGUUCCUCCUCCUGGUCGUAAUGGAGCCCGAAAUAAGAAGAGUACUCACGGGCGUUCUGAAUUAGCAAAGCUGGCUGAACCAGCUGUGAAUACGGAUGCUAUGUUGAUGAAACAAUGCGGGACAUUACUAAACCGUUUAAUGUCACAUACUUUUGGUUGGGUUUUCAACACGCCAGUCGAUGUGGUAAAGUUGAAAUUACCUGAUUAUUUCACCGUCAUUAAAUAUCCAAUGGAUUUGGGAACAGUAAAGGACAAGCUUGCUUCAGGUGCAUAUUCAAGCCCACUAGGGUUUGCUGCAGAUGUCCGACUAACUUUUGCCAAUUCAUUGAAGUAUAACCCACCAGGAAAUGACGUACAUGUCAUGGCUGAUACACUUAGUAAAUUUUUUGAAGUGAGAUGGAAAGCUAUAGAGAAGAAGCUUUCUGUUAUCAAUGACGUACGGCCAGUGGCUCCAAGAGCUAGCGUUCCGGAGGAACUGGAGACAUAUGUUGAUUCAGUUCCUGCCAAAAAGAAGAAAAUUGAACAAACGGACAGUAAGGUUAAAUUGGAACCUGCUAAGCAGGUAAUGACUACUAAGGAGAAGCAAAUUUUGAGCACAGAACUAGAGGCGUUGCUUGGGGAGUUGCCUGAAAGAAUUAUUGACUUCUUAAAAGAGCACAGUGAAAAUCCUGACGAGAAUGCUGAGGAUGAAAUAGAGAUUGAUAUCGACACCCUCAGUGAUGAUACAUUGCUUAAAUUGCGGAAGCUUUUAGAUGAUUAUUUACUCGAGAAACAGAAAAGUCAGUCCAAAGCAGAACCAUGUGAAAUGGAGCUUCCUAAUGAGUACGGAUUUAGCAAUUCAUCAUUGCAGCCAUGCAGAGGCAAUGAACCUAUUGAUGAAGAUAUUGAUAUUGUUGGAGGAAAUGAUCCCCCCGUUUCAAGUUACCCUUCUGUGAAGAUUGAGAAAGAUGCAGCCAACAAAAAUAGUAAAUGCAGUAGUUCUAGUAGUUCUAGUAGUGAAUCAGGCUCUUCUUCUGAUGAUUCAGAUUCUGGUAGUUCUGGCAGUGAAUCAGAUGCACCUAGAGCGCCAGUUCCCUGUGAUUUAAACAAGGAAACUCUGGGUUCUGCAGAAACUCUAGACCAAAAGAAAAGUGAUCUUGUUGAUCCAGACAUUGGAAAUCAAUGUGCAAAUGAAUUGGUCAAAAUUGAGUCUGAUUCCCAGGGUGAGCCACUUACUGUAGAGACAGACCUCCAAGAUGGGGAGAAUGCUCCACCUGAUAAUAGACAAGUAUCCCCCGAUAAGCUUUAUCGUGCAGCCAUAUUGAGGAAUCGCUUUGCUGACACAAUACUCAAAGCUCGAGAAAAGGCACUCGAAAAGGGAGAAAAGCGGGAUCCCGAAAAGCUGCGGUUGGAGAGGGAGGAACUUGAGCGGCAGCAAAAAGAAGAGAAAGCUCGUUUGCAAGCUGAGGCCAAGGCUGCUGAAGAAGCUCAAAAGAAGGCUGCAGCAGAGGCAGCAGCUGAAGCAAAAAGGCAGAGGGAACUGGAAAGAGAAGCUGCACGUCUUGCAUUGCAACAGAUGGAAAAGACUGUUGAUAUUAAUGAGAAUAGUCAGUUUAUGGAAGAUCUAGAAAUGCUAAGAACAACAGCCCACGAUGAAGAGUUGCCGAGUUUCAUAGAGGAGACGAGUGCGGAUUUCAUGCUUCAGGGAAGUAAAGCACUGGAACAACUAGGAUUAUACAUGAAAAAGGACGAUGAAGAGGAGGAAGAAGUUGAAGCACCUGAAAGCGUUUCAGAAUUGGUGAAAGACGUGGAGGAAGGGGUUUCAGAAUUGGUGAAAGAUGUGGAGGAAGGGGAAGUGGACUGACGAGGUUUGAUUUAAUUGUUUUUUUGUCAGAGUUUCAGGAAAAAUAGUAAAUGGCUGUCCUGAAAGCGUUUCGGAAUUGUGUUCUGCCUAAUGUUUCAUGUUCUACGGGAAUACUAUGGUCAUCCAAGUGUCGUAUUUGACAUUUAGUAGCAAACCAUAUGAAAGGGACAGGACUCGGAAUCUCAAGAGAAGACGAUUGGCAGCUGAGUAGUGGAUUGGCUCAUUGGGUUGUGAUUAUGUUGAGUGGUUUUGAAAGUGGGAUAUGAUAGGCAGGUGGGGUUGGAAUUGGUUUAUUAUUUUGUUGUUUGUAAAAGGGGAGAGGGUUAGAUGCACUUUUGAUCUGCAUCCUGCAAGAGGCAGAGAUGCGAGGCUGUGCGGGUGGGUUUUGGAGAAGCCACCCGGUAGGUAAUCUCAGAUUUAGGAAGGAAUUGUAAUAUAGUUAAGAGCUAUAAUAGAGACUUUAACAUUGCAUUUAUUUCUUCCCCUUGUUUUUUGCUUUUAGUAUCUGUAGUUCAGUUUAUAGUGCUGUGAGAUCAAUAUACCCAAUUCUGUAUGCUGUUUUCCGAAUCA